UGUUUGAACUGUAACGCACGUCUGGUUAACUUAAUCCAUAAAGCAAACACGUAUGUCAUGUUUAUUUGACAUCAAACUUUCAGUUGAAGCUUCUGCGGUCUCUCACGUCUGAUAUCUGUGAUAAUCUUGCUGGCACGUUCAUGACACGUCAGAUGGGUUUCUUAUGAGAUGCGCAGGUGUGUGAACAGAGCGUCAGGAACAGUUACAGGACUCCCUGAGGCACAACACUGUCUUGUUCACCUCAGCUCACAAAACCACAUCAUCUAAAACAACACAAAACUCACUAAACUAUCCGAGCCACAGAGAGAGAGGGGGCGUGUGUGAGGCAGUGUUCUCUGUAAAGUGAGUGGUUUCCAGCAGCUCUGUGGUAGUUUCAUGUUGAGUCGGGUUCAGUUCUUCCACUGACGCUACAGCAGAUCUGCAGGUGGGUUUUAAGACUCGACGGAUGGAGACAAACGACACAGCUUUGCUCAAAUUCACCGCCACCUGGAAGCAUCUGCUCUAGUUUCCUCAGAUAUCUACAAGACAUGAGCAGCUUCCCUACCGUUCCCAACCGUCCUGAACUAUGACGUGCCGGCGAUCAUAGCGUCAAGAAAAAGCAUUGACAGGAAGAAAACCAUGGAGGCAUUUAACGCUUCUACCUCCAGCAAGGCGGCAUCCUACCAGAGCAACUCAGUUCUCCAGCUUCACUAUAACUACACGGGCAAACUGGAUGAGGACCGAUACAUGGACGGACUCAAACCGGGAAACAUUUGCUUUCUCUUCAUCUGCCUCCUCAUCGUGGUGGAGAACUGCGUCGUUCUCGUGGCCAUCUGGAGAAACAAGAAGUUCCACAUGCCCAUGUACUAUCUGCUGGGGAACCUGACGCUGUCAGACCUGCUGGCCGGAUUCACCUACAUGCUGAACAUCGUGCUGUCGGGCCGAAACACGCUGACGCUGACGCCGUUGCUCUGGUUCCUGCGGGAGGGGGGCGUGUUCUUCACGCUGGCGGCAUCCGUCAUCAGCCUGCUGGCCAUCGCCGUGGAGCGCUACGCCACCAUACUCAACAUGAAGACUCACCGGCGCACCAAGUGCAACCGCAUUUUGGCUCUGAUUGUGGCGAGCUGGGCUCUGUCGCUGUUGCUCGGCGUCCUGCCCGUCUUGGGCUGGAACUGUCUGAGAUGCUUGAGCUGGUGCUCGACCGUGCUGCCGCUCUAUGCCAAAAGCUACAUCUUCUUCUGCGUGUUCAUGUUCAUGACGGUUCUGUUGGCCAUCGUCCUUCUUUACGGACGGAUCUUUCACUUCGUGAAGUCCAACACGCAGAAUCCGGCCCGCAACCAGCACAAAGGCUUCUCGCGGCGCUCGCAGAAGUACAUGGUGUUGUUGAAGACGGUCACGGUCGUGGUGGGCGUCUUCAUACUGUGCUGGAUGCCUCUUUUUGUGCUCCUGCUGCUGGACUUCGUGUGUCCCGUCAAGUCGUGUCCCGUUCUCUUCAAGGCCGAUUAUUUCCUGGGCGUGGCCAUGAUUAAUUCGCUGAUUAACCCUGUGAUUUACACGCUGACCAGCAGAGACAUGCGGAGGGCCAUAGUGAAGCUGCUCUUCCAGCGCUGUCUGAUGACCAGAGAGGGGCGCAUGAGGAAGAUCGCUGCCGCCUUCCCGCAGUGCAGCUUCACCAAGAUGGAAGCGAACCCCCGCGGGAUGGAGACAUCCAUUUCAUCGGGCAACGCCACCACCGUACACGUUAAACCCAUCUACCCAAAGCUCAGAGUGUCAGUCGUAUCCUGAACGUUUUAUAUUUCCUUUCACACGUGACUGUCAUGCGGCCUGAAGGAGAAACUCUUCUCACACCAUGACAUGAGAGCACGUCAUCUGGGGGAAGAUCGAGAGACACCUUGUGAUGUCCGAAUUGGGACUGUAGCUUUAAAGGCCCAAGAUUCGGUCAUCAUUUAUUUCCCUCAUGUGGCUGGAAACCUGUAUGUGACUCUAUCUUUAGUGGAACACAAAAGAAGAUAUUUUAAGAAAUAUAUAUGUAUAUAAAAUAAUAUCUGAAAUACCUCCUUUGUGUUCUGCAGCAGACAGAAGGUUGUGAAAGUUUGAAUGUGUUCAUCUGUGUCAUGUCAUUAUAAAGACCCUCAGUGGUGUUUAAGUGCUGAAUUGUGAAUAUAUUACAUUUACACACACACAAACAUGCACACACACACACACACACACGCACGCACACACUCACACACACACACACACACACACACACUAUCAGCUCAUCAGACAGUAUCAGUUUGAAGCUGCAGCGAUCUAGACAUGAGUGCAGCCGGCAUCAGUAGAUCAGACGGGCCGGUUAUCUGAUGUGUGUCGACUCGUGACUGUAAAAUAUAUAAAAACCCUUCACAGAUAAAAGUGCAAGAAGAAAACCACUAGAAAUGUUUCACUUUGCAACAAGAAACAAUUCAUGUGAUUGAAUGUCGAUGCUUAUUUACAGUAACACAAAAACACUUUGCACUUUGUGUUUGCAUGUUGUUUUCACUGAGAAACAUUUCUAAUGCUUGAUGUUUAAUAAAUUAUGCUAUUUGCUUUUAUAUUAAAUAUAUUUUUAAUAACUGAGAUCAUGUGUAUCCUGCGCACACACCACACAAACAAGCUGUUUCUCACAGUCAUGUUAACAAACAAUAAUAAAAAUCACUGCGCUCAACUUUUUCAGAAAAUAUGUGCGCAGUCGCUGUCUCUUUUCAAUUCAAAUCAAUUCAAAAUAAUUGUAUUUAUUUUGCGCGUUUCACAAUUUUAAUUGUUGCACAGCAGCUUUACACAUAUCAUAAUAAAAAACAAUAAUCAUUAAUAAUGAUAAUAGUAGUACUUGAGGGAUAAAAAAUAAAGACAGUAUGUGGUUUUACGUAAGAUACAUGGUAUUAUUGAACUUUUGUCUCUAUGCAAUGAUGAAACUAAACUGAAAUAAAUGCUGUGCUGGAUUGUCACAAAUUGUAAAUUAUUCAAUUGAAGUAUAUUAUUUAAUUUAGGGAUAUUAUUAUUUUUAAAUAUUAUUAGCAGGACUGGAAUCCUUCUUAACAAAUUAUACU